AUGCAAUAUAUUCAACUAAUAACUGUCCUUCCAUACAUUUUGUGUUGCUGGUACUGCUGUGCUUUACAGUUUGUUCCUUCACGUCUCCAGAACUCUACACUGCAAGUAAGACUCCCACAAGGUACAGUUCAAGGCAAAUUGAAGGAAACGCUAAAUAGAAGACUUCAAUAUCUUUCGUUUGAGGGCAUCCCAUACGCUGAGCCCCCUAUCGGGAAACUUCGUUUCAAGCCACCGGUUCCAGCACGUAACUGGGAUGGCGUGCUCAACACCUCUCGAACAUUUACUUCGUGUGUUCAAGUCAUUCCUUCAGUCCUCAACGAUCUGAUCGAAUCCGAGGACUGUCUUUACAUCAACGUGUUUACGACAGUAAAAGACCUACAUGCUUGCAAUGUCCAGGUACUUCCUGUUAUGGUUUGGAUAUAUGGAGGUGCUUUCUUGCUGGGAUCGGCAAAUUCGACUUACUUUGGCCCCGAUCUUCUUCUAGAGGAAGGUGUAGUUGUGGCGCAUUUUAGUUACAGACUGGCAUCAUUUGGUUUCCUCAAUACUGAGGACUUGGUAUCUCCAGGUAAUUACGGUUUGAAAGACCAACAUCUGGCAUUGCGUUGGGUGAAAGACAAUAUAAAGCACUUUGGUGGUGACCCCGACAAAAUUACUAUAUUUGGUGAGAGUGCUGGGUCAGCUUCCGUACAAUAUCAAUUGUUGUAUCCAAGAAAUGAAGGUCUGUUUCAAGGUGCUAUCUCAGAGAGUGGCAGCGCCCUCUGCAUUUGGGCCUUUCAGAGGAAACCCAGGAAGAUAGCCUUUGACCUUGGUGUAGCAGCAGGAAUAAUUACCAGUAACUCUACAGAGCUGGUCGAAUACCUGCAAAGUCUGAGCGUCGAAAAACUAAAGUCCGCUACUAUGAAAACUGCUAUUAAGCACAGCCUUGGCAUCAUUUACGGCAUCCCGUUUGCACCAACCAUAGAGCCAGAACACCCGGAAGCCUUCCUUACAGAUAAACCCCACCAUCUUCUUGAAGAGGGUAAAUUUGUGAAAGUGCCUUACAUAAUAGGAUUUAAUUCCGCGGAAACGUUCUUGAUACAGCCAGCUUUUAGCUUGACAACGCCUCUGUUGCGUUACUACGACAUCAACCCUGGCAUAUUAAUUCCCAGCGGCAUGAAUGCAGGACGGUACACAAACGAGGCGGGAAAAUUAAUAAAGGAAUUUUAUUUGAGCGAUAGACCGAGAGCGGAAAAUUAUUUAGAGUACGUCAACGACGGAUACUUCUAUCGCUCAAUAAUCGAGAGCGCCAGAUUGUUUAGUCUUUCAGCGCCUACUUUCAUGUAUUGCUUCAGCUACGAGGGUAUACUAGGAAGAAAAACGUUGGGAUAUUCCAGGAUCGAUGAAUAUAAAGGUGUGGUCCAUACUGAGGAAAUGGCGUAUAUCUGGUCGAGAAGCUACUUACCUGAACCAAACCCUACAGAUAAACUGGUCAGGGAUCGGAUGGUUAAGAUGUGGGCAAAUUUCGCUAAAACAAAAUCUCCUACUCCUCAUCAAGAUUUCCUGUUAGAAAAUAUUUCAUGGCCUACUGUUUCAAGCAACAUGACCUACUUGGACAUAAAUAAGGAGAUGGCAAUAAAGCAGCACUACAGAAAUGAAUCGAUGAUGUUUUGGAAGGGGUUGUAUGAAAAAUAUGGAAGGCCACCGUAUGACACUUAUUGA